AUGCCCGAGGGAGAAUCAAGCGAAGCUUCGAUAAUAGAUAAUAGUUCAAGCGAAGCCACGUUGAAAAACAAACGUAAACAAGUUCGAGGGAAGAUUACUCGCAGUAUAAAGCGUCUAAGCGAAGGAGUUUCGAAAGAAGAUCGAAAUUUACGGCGUUUUGAGAAAGAAAUCGAGCAAUUACGAAAGGACUUUGAAGUUGCGCGUGAGUUACACAGUCAGUUUUACGAUUUACCCGACGUAGAUGUUAAUAUAUUAGACAAAUGGGAAGACGACUUAACGAGUGACGUGUAUGGGAUCGAAGAAAGAGUCGAAGAAUAUAUUCGAGGUAUUUCGAAAUCAAAUGGCCAAGCAUCUGGACAAGACAAGGCAAUUUCCCCGCAGAGCGCGUCAGUAAAUCAACUUCCGGAAGAGCCUCAAACGUCAUCGCAAGUGUCAACACCGGAAGCUAAUACCUCUACAUUACAGCAAGAAGAAAUUCAAGAGAUUCCGUCGCCUACAAGCAAUAUGAACAGUACCGCAGAAACAAAUAUUGAUCCAAUUACCUUUGACUCCUGGAUAGAUAAGUUAAAGGAAUUCGAAGAAACUAAAGUAGCAUUACCAGUUGAUGGAUCCCAAAUGUCGAUUGCAGAUGCGCUUUUAAAGUUGGAAGCAAACCGAGAUAUACCAAACGUUACUUUGACCAAAUUCUCUGGAAAUCCAUUGGAUUACGCGGAUUUUAUCGAUCGCUUUAAGAUACAUAUCCAUGACAAACCCCACCUCACCGAUGAGAUGAGAAUGAUCCAGCUGAAAAUGCACGUCAGUGGUGAUGCGGAAAGAGCAAUUUUGGGAUUAGGUUCGAAAGGAGUAAUGUAUGCGACUGCCUUGAAGAUGAUCAAAGAACAAUUUGGACAACCAAGCGUAAUUGCCCGUGCGUUAGUGAACAACGUCACCAAAGGAGAGAAAAUCGGUAGAAGUGACAGGAAGAGAUUGCGAGAGUUCUCGAUCGACCUUAUCAAUUGCAUGGCCACGAUGAAACGCAUUGGAUAUACAGCAGAUAUCAACGCCAACGAGAAUUUACGAAAGAUCAUCACACGCUUACCAGACCACAUGAUUGAAAGGUGGAAAGUCUUCGUGGCGGACAUUCGUGAGAAAGGUCAGACACCUACAGUCAGCCAUAUAAGUGAAUACGUGAGAAAGAGAGUAAAGGCAGAGUUUGAUCCUGAUUUCGGCGACCUACAAAGAGACUCGAGACCCCCAAGAAGUGACCAUCCUCCACCGAGAAGAGGGAUCUACACCGCCGGUCGUGAUUCAAACAGAUCGCCAAUGAAAUGUUACGUAUGCGGAGAAGAGCACCGUGUCAUCGAAUGCCCAGUAUUAGCGAAAGCCUCAGUUCCUGAAAGACUAGAACUAGCAAAGAAAGCAAGAUUGUGUUUCUCGUGUUUGAAUUGUGGACACUCCAAGAAUAAUUGUCGAUCGAAGAAGAAAUGUGAAAAGAGCGAUUCGUGA